GUCCUGUUUUUAGGCUGGUUUAGAUCAAAUGUCUAAAGGACACAUGCUUGCUGACGUGGUGGCAAUCAUCGGUACUCAGGACAUCGUGUUUGGGGAAGUGGACCGUUAAGGACACCAGUGUCUGAUCAUGAUUCUGUCUUUGAGAUCCAUUCUAGUGAUGCUAUGACAGAAGUUACUCUAAUUUCUCUAUUUAAAUGCUUAUGAAACCGAAUAAAUAUUUUAAAACCUGGAAAAAGCUCAAAUUCUGUUUAUUUAACAUUACAAGAGCUGGUCGUAAAAGUGCGAACUUGCACGUAGAUUUCAUGCAGGCAAUUUUUUUAUUUAUAUAUAUGUAUAUAUUAAUAUAUUAACUAUGCUGAAUCAGCAUUUCCAAGGAUCAGCGGUCUAAAGCAGAUCACAUGAUUUUCGGCCCUUUUUCCUCUUCGUCACUCAGGGUGGGGGAGGUUUAAACUUCAGAUCUGACAUAUUUUCACCACAACUUCCCUCUUGUCUGCCUCUGAUGUGCAGUUUUACAUCUGUUCACUGAAAGUCGUUUUUGGAGGUGUGCAUCCCGUGAGGUUGUACGCAGAAGCAAAGCCAAGUUUUGAUGAUGAUGAUGAUGAAGGUGGGGUUGCCCUUCUCUCUUCUUUCUAUUUGGCUCAGCUUCGGCAGUGCUGAUGCGAUGAGUUUGAAAGAGCCGCAGAUAUGCUACAUCUUGGACGCGGUACUGUUCAUCUAUGGGAUUGUUCUCACUGUCCUGUACUGCAGAAUGAAGAUGCGAAGUAAACAAUCAGAAAGCUAUUCAGGGAAGAAAGAUGCCGGCGAAGGGGUUUAUGAGGGUCUCAAGCCUCAUGAUCAGGACACAUAUGAGACCAUCAAAAUGAAAAAAGGAAAUAAAUAAGACUCGAAGCAAAAGGAGAGAAGCAAGUUUCUGGACUUAAUACCACUGUCAUCUUAAGCAUCUACCUACUGUUAAUAAGCUGUCAAACAAUUACAAGAAGAAUAUGUUUUGUUUAUACUGUAGUAACUUUUGUUAAUCACUAACAUCAGGCUUUUUGUUUGCUGUUUGUUUGGCAGACGGACUCCAAAUAGAGAUAAUUAAAUAAUCAAACAGAAUGCCAAAGAAACAUGUAUUUUUGUAUGAUCAUUCUGCUGGUUUAAUCAUUUAAAUGUUUUAAUUAAUGUAUUUUCCUGUUCGCCUUAAAACUACAUUUUAAGCUUCUAACAUGUAUACCGCAGCUGCGUGUCACUAUUUUUCGAGGCUAACUUCCUGCUCUAGCUUCUAUAGCAACAUGCCACCAACCCCACAGAGUCCGAGUCAUUUCCUGUUUUAAAGAGUACGAGUGGUCUGACAAAAAGUGCAUCUGACUUUGACCACAGGUGUGACAGAUGGAAACAGAGCUGUGUUUGAUUGUAUAUGUGCGAAGGACUUUUUUUCCCAUUCGUUUAAGAAUAAGCUCUCAUAUUGUUUUGCUCUGUGGCAAUAAUAGUUUUUUUCUGCUACAUGUGGCAUUUGAGAAAACAACUAU